CACACACACACACACACACACACACACACACACAGAGACAUAAAGGAGAGAGAAAGAGAACUGCUGAACCCGUCACAACACCUCCAUCCCGUCUUCUGUACAUACCUGCUGCUUCUUUCCUCAUUCUCCUCUCUCUUUCUCUCUCCUUUUCCUCAGUAGAUCUUUUCUCCUCAUGUUCCAACUCUUUCCUUAAAGGACUCUCAGACGUUCUCGAAUGCAGAGAAGAUGGUUCUGGAUCAGCAGAUGUUUCCCCAGGAGCCGUACUCGGUGCUUCUCUGAAAGAUCGCUCACAUCACUGGAGGAUUUAAUAAACAGCCAAAUAAACCCCUCAUGACUGGAGCACAGCUGAUUCUCACUCCGCAGAACUUGAAGAACCUGAAGAACCCUGUUCCAUCUUAUGCUUCUGAAAUCUGAAAUAUGAAGUGUCCACUUUGCUGCCUUGCUCUGCUGCCUCUUUUCCUGGGACUCAAUUUGGUGGACUCCAAGGGAACGUUUUAUGGAAACCCCUACAGGUUUAAUCUGUACAAAGCCGGUGCUGGUCCACAUGUAAACCCGGGAAAACCCAUGACUCGCCACAAAAAUCACUGUGCCUACGUUGUCCAGAAGAACAUCACCUGUACGAUUCAGGAUGGAAUGGCCACCUACGUCAAGGCGGACUACACCACCAAGUGCAUCUGGGGACAGAAGUGUCCCGUGGUGAUGUAUCGGACAUUCUACAAACCUACCUACAAGGUUGGCUACAAGACAGUGACUGAGCUGGAAUGGCGCUGUUGCCCGGGUUACUCUGGAGAAAACUGCUUUGAUGGUCCUACACCUGGUCCAGACUCCAUCAUGCCAACAUUCAAAGGCUCUAGACCAGGUAUAAAAGGUUUCCCAUGGGGUCACAAAAAGAUACCAAACCCUGGAUCAGAGCUCGAGCCAGGAAAGCAUCUUUUCCCUGGGGGUCAUCAUGAUAAUGUACCAACAGGACAUGUACCUUCAGCAGGUCCAGGAACAGGUGUCACUGGUGAGCGUCUAGACCGUAUGGAGGAGGAUCUAAGGAGGCUUUCGCAGGGUUUGGAAACUCUGAAUGGUAUGAUCACUGGCCUGGAGGAACGUCUCCGCAUCUCACUCCGUGAAGACACCACUAAGAUGGUGAGUACCCUGCUAGGUGGAGCCCCACGCAGACAGGACUCUACAGUGGGUUUUGCAGUCAUCCCUGAGGGCAUGCCAGAUACCACAGGGGGCAGCGAGGGCUUUCCAGUUCUUGGAGAGCUGGUUGGAAGGGUGACAGAGGUCAAGGAUGAGCUAAGGGUCAAAAGCGACAUGCUGGAUGAGAUCCAUGGCAUGGUAAUGGGCCAUGAUGGGCAGCUGAAGAGGCUGAUGGAAGUGCCACCUGGAGGCAUCCAGAAGUUAAUGGAGAAGCUGCUGGAUGAAAAACUAGUUGGCAUCAGAGCACAGAUCCUGGAUGGAUUUGAAAGGCGGCUGAGUGGCCUGGAAAACCACUGCAAUGAAAAAAUCGGACAGAUUCAGAACAACUGCCACAAGGAAUACCUUAAUGGCCAGGAGCAGCUCCAGCAGUCUUUGGAUGGCCGUGAGACGGGCCUGAGGAAGGAGCUGGGUGACCUUCAGGCUCAGAUCCAGGGUCUGACAGUUACCCCAGGCUGCUGUACUCAGAUUGAUGAUUUUUCCCAGCGAACCCUGCUUCUGGAGGAGUCUGUUAAGGGUUUGACUGAAUCUCAGAGGCAACUCCAGACAGCACUGAGUGAGCAAACAAUUCACCUGGAGACAAUGUUGGAUACUCGUUUACUACACAUAGAGGGCCAUCUGAACACCACAGAGCAGGACAAGACCAUGUUUGAUGUUUUGGGUGAGGGAUCCCUGGAUGGAUUUAAGACCCAUAUAGAGGACAAGCUGAAAAGCCUGGAGCGUGUGUUUGUGGCUGUAGAGGAACUGAGCAAUGCGACGUCUCCAGCACUACUGGAGGGCCAAGUGGUGCCAGCAUUAGGGACAGAGAUUGAGAACAUCAACAGACGUAUAGAAACUGGUUUGGAUGGAGUCCAGAAGCAGUUAACAGAUCUUGAGCUUCUUUGCACUUCAGCUUGUUCUCCAGCACCUAAUCUUGAUGCAGCACAAAUCCAAACAGAGAUUGAAGACUGCAAACAGAUGGAGAAGAAGAUUUCAGAACGUCUGGACAAACACAUGGAUAUGUUGGAUCAUCUAAAUGGAACCUUGCAAGGACUUCUGGUUCAAAUCGCUAAAGAGGACAAUGAGGGCUCGGUACAGGGGGAAAUCACACUCCUCAAGAUUAAUGUCAACUCUGUAAACCGCAGUCUAAAGGGCUUGAAGGAUUCCGUACACCUCUUCACGCACGAGAUGAGUCAUGCUAACUCGACAUGGCAGGAACGGCAGCAGAGGCUGGUCAAACAAGUGCACGGCAUCGCUGAGCUUGUGGGCCAGCAGGGGGCACUGCUUGGUUCUGGAGAGCGCAGGCUGAUCCAGUUGAAAGGUGAGCUGCAGGGAAUGAGGCGCAGGCUGUCGGGGGAACUGCAGGGCUGCCGGGGAACGGCGCUGGAUGCUCAUCGUGAGGUCCUGGGGGUUGAAAGUCGCAUCUCGCAGGUGGAGGGCCAGUGUAGCAGCCUGGGGGAGCUCGCCGAUCAGCUGGAAAGGAUUCGUGCAGAACUCGAGAGUCAUUCAGACAGCUACCUGGCGCAGGUCAAUGGCACCCUUGCAAGCCACACCCAACAGCUCACACAGCUCAGAAAUGGACUCCAGGAAUGUGUUAACAAGACGGUCCAGUAACCACCUGGAUACAGAGACACUUCAAAACCUGACUGUACAAAAUCACAUGUUUCUUCUGGUUUUAUCAACAGGGCAUUGUUUUCUUACUUAUCACUUUAUCUUUUAGAUAUUUCUCUUUUUUUCUGUUAUGUAUAUUGUUUCUAACCAGUGUGAUAACUUAUAUAAAGAAUAAACUUGACUGUGGUGUUAUAUAUUUGUACAGUUUAGCGCAGCAAGUCCUCAGUCCUGUACCACUGAUUUGCACAGUUUUCCCAGCUGCUGCAUGGUAAUCGCUAGUAAGUGCUUCAUAAGAUAAAGGAUUUUUAGGGUAUAUAAAUUAGGACAGAUUUAUAAGAUGAUGUCUGAUUUAUAAGCUGCUCUGCUCUCAUAUCAUCUCAUUUCAUUUCAGUUCAGUCUCUCGUUCUGUUGUGUCGAAUUUGAAAAUUACUGUCAUCAUUAUGGUGCUAAAUAUAAAGUGUGAAACGAUUUGUAUGUGAAAUAUAUGUGUUCUAUUUUACUUUUGCUAUGAGAUUAUAAUUUUUCAUGAUGAAAUGUUUUUGGGAACUGGGCGUGGCUGCAGCAUGACUUGUUAAAGUUUCACUUGUAAAUGAUGGACUGUUUUUUUUCGAUAUUAACCACUAGAGGGCAGCAAUAACGCUAAUAAAAGAGAUACUGUACAA